CCCGCCAUCUUCAAAAACAAUUCACAAAACACUUAUCACUUAUCAGUUAUUCACCACUUAUCAGUCCAACUUAUUCCACUGCUGACGUAACACACUUAUCACUUAUCAGAUUAACCACUUAUCGGAAGACGUCAUACACCCAGCUUGGACAAUUUAAAAAAAAACAUAGAAGUUGUGAGAAGGAACAUAAGAAAGGGAUAUGUCGCUAACUUCCUUACACCAUCUUUAAAUACCUUCGCGAGAAAAAGGUUUAUAAACAUCGAACAGAGAGAAUUGGGGAGAAUAUUAUUUCUCACAGAGGACGAAAAUAAAAGAUAUUGGGAAUGGGCGAGAGAAUGUUCUGAGAAAAGAUUUGAUGAGUGAUCCUCGUACCAUGUAACAGAAACAAAGAAAUAUCAUUCUCGUUUUAUCUAAAAAUUAUAAUUUAUACUACACGCUCAGCAUACCACCGUCUAAUAGCCUUAAUAUUUUGAGAUCAAUAAAUAAAUGAAGAAAAUAAACAUGUUCAGAUAUGUAAAAAUUAUUCAAAUAAGCUAUAAUGAUUUGUUUUAUUAAUUUAAGGCUCUACAGGGACGGACAGAGUCUGCGGGAGAUGACAUCAUGCCCAUCUUUAUGUGCUUUUGUACAUGUACAUCGACAACCGGAAGGCUACAAAAGAUGACACUACCUCUAAGACUAGCUGUUCUGACAGAAAUUCAAAAAGUACGAAAUGUUGUCUGAGGCAUUGAUCCACACCAGCUGCAUUAAUAAAUGGGGCAAAAGAUGGUUUGAUGAGGUUGAUUGAACCCGAUACGAAAGUAAUCGUUAUAGAAAUGGACUUUUCGAUGACACCGCCUCCUCAAUUGAGGGUAUGGGGUGAAACAGUGAAGGCGAUUACCAACAUCUUAGACGCGACACCUAGGGGAGAAAAGUUCCAUUAUAGAGUUGAGGGUGUCACUCUAAGAGAGGGCCGCGAGGAACACCCGGGUCUGACAAUGUAUAGAGGCCAGUCGGGUCUUCAUGUAGCAAAUGGAUUUGGGUGUGAUACAGAUACCAUCAUCACGUAUGACAAGUUGCGGUUUACUCUAAUACCGCACAGCUAUGAAGAACCACCUGAGCAAUUUGUUGAACCUGUGUUUACUGCCUUAAAACAGACAUUCGCAGUUGAUGGUCAAGACAUUGGUAUAUACCUUCAGAUACACGUUGAUGCACUACCAACGUACGGCGCGGGAAAGCAAUUAACACAGGCCGACAGAAAACUCGUGGAGAGAUGCUGUAUUAGAGACCCCGUGUUCACCCAUUUCGUAUCGAUGAGAAUUUGGGCAGGGAGCUGUUACAAUACGGCACUUAUGAGCUGCGCCGUAACUAUUGCCCAUGUGACUUUGGGGUUGAACCCCCCGGGAGGAAUGCUAGCAAUCUUUGAGGUAGAACGAUCUGUUUUUGAGUGGGUUGGUGAUCGCCAACAACUUGUUGCAGGAUGCACAAUGGACUGGGUAAACGGCCCCUCACUACAGGGUCACCAUGUCAGUUUAGCAGACGCCUUCAAGAACUUUUUAGAAGACAGUCAGUGGGUCGUGCUAGGCAGGUACAUGCACCUACGAGGGACAUUUGGCACAGGACGAGUGCCUGUCAAAGAUCUAGUACAGGAGCCAGCACAACAGUGGGUAAAAGAGCUAUGGCUACUCCGGUUGUUAGCCGACGACACUGGCCAUGGAGACGAUGGCGAUUAUGAUGAGAUCAAUGAGCAAUGGGACGCUAAAUCAAAUGCGGUUCUACAGGGACGGACAGAGUGUGCGGGAGAUGACAUCAUGCCCAUCUAUUCAUCGGAGGCUGUGCUUUUGUGCAUGUACAUCAAAUGGACGACUGACUUCAAGGAUUAUUCGUUUAGAGACUUCUUCCUCCUUCCAAAGGAAGAGCACCUAAAGUUGGACAAUUUUAAAAAAACAUAG